GUGAACAGGGCCACCGAGGUCUUUGACGGCCAGGCUUGGCUUGAGAAGAAGCUUGCAACUGGUGGCGCGGUGGGUUGGGACAUGGAGUGGAUUCCAGACACCGGGGCCCGCGAGGAGAAUCCCGUCGCGUUGAUGCAGUUCGCAGAUGCGCACACCGCCCUACUCCUACGCACGCACCGCAGUGGCAAGUGGUUGCCCAAGUGUGUGCGAGAUCUGCUCCUGUCGAAGAGCUGCCAGAAGGUGACUCUCGGAUACGAUGGCUCCGACCGCCGCAAAGUGCAGGCUUCCUUCGACCUUGAGCCGGAGGCUGUGGUGGACCUCCAGAAGAUGGCCGAAGAUCGGGGAUUCCAACGCAGCAUUGGCUUGAAGAAGUUGGGCCGGGCCUUCGGCCUCAAGAUGUAUAAGGAUCCUACCCUUUCUAUGUCCUUCUGGGAGGCCUCCACCCUGUCAGAGGAUCAGGUCCGGUACGCGGCGGAUGAUGCAUUCUUCACCUACAGCUUGUACGAUCGUCUGCUCAUGUUCCAGCGCUCCAACGCCCUGGACGCGGGGACGGAGGACGAGAGUGUCGAAGGCCUCGAAGAUCCGGACGACGAAGCUUCCCUGCU